AUGCGUCCAAAGCCCUGUUGCCCGACAGCGAGUAACUGCGUUCGCUGCAUCGCCGGUUCGCCCUCGCUAAGUUUCCACGAGCUCUCGGUGCCGUCCAGACUGCUCGGUCUCGUGCUCCCGAUCACUGGCAACCGUGUCGCCUCACGCGUGGCCAUCUCCUCGCUCGGGUUCCCCACGGAGAAGCCAUUGGUCGCCAAGGAGGCGCAGUUACGUCGUUUGGAUGCCGACUUCAUCGAGCAGCGUCUGAUCGACAGCUAA